GCUCAUUACUUCUCCUCCUGGAAUUAAGACACAUGGUGUUGGAUGAGCACAGAGGCAAAGAAGCUCAGUGAUGCGGUUGUUAGGAGCAGUUGCUUGCUGAGAAGUCGUUCUUCGGUGGCAGGAGGUGGCACCCACCUGCGUGGAGCCCUGGAGCUUGGAAGGGGGCAGGAAGUCUGAUCCAAAGCUCUGCACCUCUCACUUUGUGGAAGGAUGGCUUCCCUUUUGACCCUCAUCUAUCCCUUCCUGCUCACGUUGCUUAUGUAUCAUGUUGAUGCAGCAAUGACAGAAUUCAAAGUACGUCCCUUCGACAAUAUUUCUCUUCCCUGUCAGUUCUCCUUUGUGGACGGCAUAGAUGGCUUGUCAUUUACGUGGGAGAGGGAAGAUAUUAAGGAAGAACAUGAAGUGGAAGAUAAAGAAUUUUACAAAUUUUUUGUCGGGCUGCACGAUUUUUACCAGUUUUACCCAAAGCUGAUAUACAGCUUUAGCAACAACCAGGAACAGCUAGAGGAGCGGAAUUCGCUAUAUGAGGGGAGAGUCUGGGUAGAUGAGGAGGAGAUCUCCGAUGGCAGCCUGGCACUCAUGUUGGAGCAAGUACAGUUUUCUGAUGAGGCGAUAUACAUAUGUAAGGCACACAAUUCAAGGGGCAGGGGGCAAAGAAAAGUGAAGCUCCUUGUGCAAGAUGCUGAAGAGCCACAGGUGCAGUUCAGCACCGUCAACGAUACACUUGUGGCCAAGUGCAUCUCCGCAGGCUGGUAUCACAUGCCAAAGGUAACUUGGCGGAACCGAAAGGAAGAGGACAUUUCCAGCUACGCCACAUCAGACAUCCUGGAAGAGAAGCAGGAUGGGUCCCACAGGGUGGUAUCUGUCUUGAACUACCCUGUAUUGCUCCAUGAGAUCUACACUUGCCAUAUUGAAGAAGACGACGUGCUCAACAGGCCUGUUCGAUCCAUCCACAAAGUCCCAAGUUAGUGUUUCUGCUGCUCUCCCCUUGGAUCUUGAAGGUCUGAUGCAACAUGACAUCAGACCUGUGGUCAAGAGAGGACAUGCUCCUUUCAUA